AUGUCUUCAAUCGGGAGACUAUUGUCAUUGUCUUCGCGAAAGACACUGACGUGUUAUGCCAUCGUUGGGCCAACACAUCGACUCAUUCACUCGCAGUCAUGCCAUGAGAAGAAGCGGAUCCAUCUGUUGAGAUCAUUCAUACGGACAAUGAGUCGGAGGGCGGGAAUCGAUGACUCCAAGAGAAACCUGUUUUCGUGGAAAUCAUUUCUGAUAUCCGGAGGGCUUUUCACCGUAUUUUUGGUGGCAUUUCUUCAGUUCAAGAGAGAGAAGAUGUUAUCGUUAGAGAAGGAGAGGAGGCGUUCGAUGGGAAAGGCGUCGAUCGGCGGUCAGUUUGAUCUCAUCGACCAAAAUGGCAAACCCUUCUCAUCCAAAGACUUAUUGGGCAAAUGGCUUCUCCUGUACUUUGGAUUCACUCACUGUCCGGACAUAUGUCCGGAUGAGAUCGAAAAGAUGGUCAAAGCCAUUGAAAUUGUCUCUAAACUACAAGACACUCAGGAAAUCAAAGCCGUAUUCAUAACAGUAGAUCCCGAUAGAGACUCGGCUGAAGCCGUCAAAGGAUACCUCAAAGAGUUCUCCGAAGAUAUAAUCGGUUUGACGGGAACUAAGGAACAGAUAGAGGCGGCCACUCGUGCCUAUCGGGUGUACUAUUCGGCCGGUCCUCGCGAUCACGAGAACGAUUAUAUCGUCGAUCACACGAUUAUAAUGUACUUAAUUAACCCGAAGGGAGAGUUCAUCGACUAUUACGGACAGACCAAGACUGCCGAAGACANGUACUAUUCGGCCGGUCCUCGCGAUCACGAGAACGAUUAUAUCGUCGAUCACACGAUUAUAAUGUACUUAAUUAACCCGAAGGGAGAGUUCAUCGACUAUUACGGACAGACCAAGACUGCCGAAGACAUAGCCAGUGGUGUGUCGAUGAAUAUGCUGAAAUACGCUAGUGCCAAUAAGAAGUUUUCAUUGUUUUGA